AUGUCAGAGGACCACGACGCGCACGUUCUCAACAUGACCGCAUGUGCACAAAUUAAUCAUUAUUUUACGCAAAGAUUUUUACCAGCUGUGUUCGUGCUGGUGUUUGUCGUCGGAACUUUUGCAAACUUCUGUGGGUUAAAAACUGUUUUUACAAGCUGGAAGAAAAUUGGAAGUAUUAACAUAUUUAUUCUCAACCUUGGAAUAGCGGACUUGCUAUACCUAUUUACAUUACCAUUUUUGGUUGUCUAUUACGCGCUAAACAGUAAAUGGAUAUUUGGACAAACAUUCUGCAAGAUCACCAGAUUCUGUUUCAAUUUGAAUCUCUACGGCAGUAUCGGGUUCCUGACAUGCAUCAGUAUUUAUCGAUACCUUGGUAUUGUGCACCCAAUGAAGGUGAUGGGAAGAAUCAACACUCGCCACUCUGUGGCAAUAAGUUUUCUUGUCUGGAUUUUGGUUUUUAUUCAGAUACUUCCCGAUAUGUUCUUUGACAAGACAGCGCCAAAUUCCUCAGAUGCGUGCUAUGACUCAACAGCCGACCACCUUAUCAAGGAUUACCUGCCGUAUAGCAUUGGCUGGACCGUUACCGGAUUCGUUAUACCAUUGCUCGUCAUUCUUGCUUGCUAUGGACAUAUAGUAGUGGUCCUUGCCACCAAAGCCAACGUCAAUACUUUAUUGAAACAGAGGUGUCUAAAACUAGUUAUCAUCUUGACUGUGUUAUUCUCAAUUUGCUUUAUCCCUUACCAUGUUUUGAGAAAUCUCAAUUUGAAGAUAAGGAUUUUGAAAAUGGAAGGCACCUGCAAGGCAAGCUUCGAUGACAUCUAUGUUGCUCAUCAAAUCAGCCGCGGCCUAGCUUGCCUGAAUAGCGCAAUCAACCCGUUGAUUUACUUGAUUGGAAAUGAUGAUUUCCUCAUGCGCUUUCAUAUUGUCAGCAAACGAGCCAGGAUGUCUCUUGUUCAUUGGACUGGUGCUGUAAUCUACCGCAAGGCAGAUCCACCAACAGAAGAAUUUCAACCAGCAAACUUUGACCAACUAGUUAUUUAA